AUGAAUAGAAAGAAUAGUGAAGAAGAUGGUAUCAUAUAAUUUGAAGAAGAUGAUAAUUAACAAAAUAAUUAUUAGAAUUAAAAGAAUGUUAAACAACAACCAAUGAAAUUUAGAAAAGAAUCAGAAGAUGAAGAAAUUAUUCAUGAACCAGGGAUGCAAUAAAUUAAUUAAUAAGAAUAGGAUUUGAAUACUCUUAGAUUGAAUAGACCUUAAACAUCAGCAUUAUAAAUGAAAAUAUAAUAAUAACAACAAGAAUAAUAAUCACAAUAUUAGGAUAAUUAAUUUGAAUAAAUUUAAUAAAGAAAUGAACAUCAAUCUGAAGAAUCAUCCAAAAAUUCUGCUGAAAGAGAUAUAGAUAAUUAAUCAAUAGUCAAUUUCUAAUCAGAAUUAGGAGAAUAAGUUGAUGCAGAAGAUAUAAAUUAGUAAGUUUAACCAACAAUUUUCUAAUAACAAAGAAUUGAAAAUAAUCAGCAACAAUCUUAACUAUAAGAAUCUUAGUUAUAAUAAUAACCUUCACAAUCAUCAAAUACUCAAAGAUAAGUUUCUGCUAAUCCAUUCCCUCCUAAAUUAGAAAUUACAUAUGUAUAAGAAUAAAUGAAUGGAUAAGAUAAAGGAAGAGCAUUUCUCACAACUCCAUUAAAAUAGGAUAGAACAUUAUAAUGUUAAAUUUAAAGAGAUAAGAGUGGUCUUGCUAGACUCUAUCCAGUUUAUCAUGUCUAUACAACUGAUGGAAAUAUCUACUUAUUUAGUGCUAAGAAAGUAGUUAUGAACACUACUUCAAAUUAUGUGAUUUCUAUGGAUAAAAAAGAAUUUUCAACCAGAAAACCAUGUUUCUUGGGUAAAGUCAGAUCUAAUUUCCUUGGAACAGAAUUCAUAUUAUGGGAUGAAGGAAAGAAUUUUAAGAAAUGCAAAGAUACUAGUCAAAUUAGAAAUUAAUUAGGAGUUGUUUUUUAUGAAAGUCAUAUCAUGUAAAAUAAAUGUCCUAGAAAGAUGAAAGUCUUAAUACCUAAAGUUGGUGAAAUGAAUAUCCCUAAAAUAUUCUAACCUCUUCAUAGUAAAGAAGGCAUACAAUAUGAUUAUCAAUAUAAUAAACGUGAAUUCAUUGAGGAAUUUGUAAAUAAACCUCCUAGAUGGGAUACAAAAAUGAAAGCACAUGUUCUAAAUUUUUAUGGAAGAGUAGAUCAACCUUCAGUCAAAAAUUUCCAAUUAGUCAAUCCUGAAAAUCAUUAAUUCAUUUAUCUCUAAUUUGGAAGAGUCAAUGAUCUCUAAUUCAAUGUUGACUUCUGCUUUCCAUUAUCACCUCUUCAAGCAUUCCAAAUCUGUGUGACAUCCUUUGAUUUUAAAUUUGCUUGCGAGUGA